GACAGCAAAACAAAGGGUGAAAGAGAGGGCGAAAACUACGCAAAAUUCCUAAAGAAGCCCUAUUUAUUCGGAAAAUCUUAACAAAGCACCAUAAAAAAGUCUUAAUUUUAAAGAAAUAAUAGUACUUCAAUAAAUUUAAACAGUAUGGGAGUCUGUCUAUCUUGCUGCGGCCAGAGUGCCGAGGAAACUAACCUAAUGCCAUCACCUGAGGAGCGCCGGCAGCAGCAGUUGGAUGCGGCGGAAAAGCGUCGUCAGGAGAAUGAACAUAGGGGUAUUAAAAAUCCGGAUAGCGUUCGGCGACAGCAAGAAAGAGCGGAGGAACUGCAGCGCCGGGAAGAGGAGGCCGCCCGCCAGGGUCAAGGACAGUCCAACCUAAGGUGGCAAACGAGCUAGAAGGAGGAGGGAACCCAAAGCUUAUAAAGCACAUCCACCUUUUUCCCCAUAUGCUAACUGCCUUUUGUCUAGGCCUUUUGUACUGCGCCGUAUUUGUAUUGUACGAUAUACACCUUGUAUUCCGGUCAUUCUAUUUAUACUUCUGAUCUUUGUAAACGGCCACCUUUGAUCUACCAACAUCUGAACUUUUAGCUGGCGACCAAACUGUACAACCAAAAAUAAAAUGUAAACCAAAUUGUAAUCAGUGAUCAUAAAGUAAAAAAAAAAAACUUAAUAAUCGGAUUAGUUUGACUAAGUCCGGAAGAUUACAGAAAUUCCUCAAUGAAGAAUGUAGAUCAUUUUGUCAUUCCUGUUUUAAAAAAUUUACUAUUAUGUUGUACAUAGCACUUAAA